AUGACGGGCAGAGCCUUAUCUGUCCCGCUUCAGAGCACCUUCAGGGGACUGUCCCAAACUCCUGGCCCAGCCCAAGUGAAAUCAAAGAUCCCUGCUCCUGAGAAGUAUGAUGGCAAGAAGGGCCCUGCAGCCAAAUCAUUUAUCCUGGAUUGCAAAACAUACUAUCUCAGCAAUGCUUCCUCCUUCCCUUCUGAUCACAGCCACAUCUCCUUUAUCCUCAUGAACCUAAAGGAUGGACAACCCAAGAAUGAUGAUGAGCCAACCCUGGAAUCUUGGAAUACAUUCAAAGCAGCAUUCUUGCACAACUGGAGCAAUUCAGCAGCUGCACAAAUUGCAGAACAAUGCCUGCGCAAGCGCAAGCAGCUGAAAUCAGCAAGUGAUUAUGCCACAGAAUUUAGAAUCAUAGCAAGCAAACUAGAAUGGUCAGACCCUGCCCUCAUUGCCUCCUUCCACCAGAGGCUCAAGGCAGAAGUCAGAAGCAAGCUGAUUGAGUACACCCUGCACAAGAACAUCACUGCACUGGACAAGUUUAUCUCUACCACCUGUCUAAUUGAUGACAUGCUGUUUGAGGCAUGCAAUGAGCUAAGAAAAGACAGCAACAGCAGCAGCAGCUCACCACAAUGCCCUGCUCAAGGGUGCUCAAGCAAUUUUAUUUCCAAGAAAACUCAGGAAGCAAGGAGAAAUGCUGGAGAAUGUUCCAAGUGUGGAGAGAAGUCUCACAAAUGGCAGGACUGCAAGAAUGGAUGGCAGCUCCAAACAAUAGAAUGCUCUAAGCCUGAAUCAGGGAAGGCUGCAGAAGUAGAAGAGCUAGAAUUGCUUCCCCAAGCAGGAAAAGUCUAA